UCAACAAUAUCAACAAUCCCCAUGGGCACAACAACAACAACAACAACGACCAUAUCAACAAUCCAACUCUCAGUAUCAGCAACGACAACAACAACGGCCGUAUCAACAAUCCAAUUCUCAGUAUCAGCAACAACAACCAUGGUCACAGCAACAACAACAACAGCGACCAUAUCAACAAGCCAGUUCUCAAUACCAGCAACAACAACCAUCGGCACAGCAGCAACAACAACAACGACCAUAUCGACAAUCCAAUUCUCAAUAUCAGCAACAACAACAACGCCCAUACCAACAAUCCAAUUCUCAGUAUCAGCAACAACCACCGUGGGCACAACAACAACAACAACAACAACGACCAUAUCAACAAUCCAAUUCUCAGUAUCAGCAGCAACAACCAUGGGCACAACAACAACAACGACCAUAUCAACAAUCUAAUUCUCAGUAUCAGCAACGACAACCAUGGACACAACAGCAACAACCACAACAAUCUAACUCUCAGUCUCAACAACGACGACCAUGGGCACAACAACAGCAACAACAACAACAACAAUCAUUUCCUCAAUAUCAACAACCAUUUCAACAAAUGCAGAGACCGCCAAAACCAUCUCGUCAGCCAAUGCAGUAUCAAUCGCCACAGCAAUCAAUUUCACGUGCACCUCAGCUUCAAGGUCAACAAUAUCGACCACCAAUUACUACCCCGAUGACUCCAACUACAAAUAAUGUUAAUACGACUACUAACAACGCUUCAAUAACUCCAACUACAUCAGGCUAUUGUAAUUGCAAUUGUCAAUGCCCUUAUGGUGCUGCUAACCCUAAUAUUCAAGGUGCCAAUGUAGUCUAUGAAUAUUCGCCACCACCACCAUCAUCACAACAACAACAAACAGCUCAACGCCGACGACGACAAUCUGAUAUUGAUUCUCAUUCUAUUCUAUUUGGAAAAUAA